CCACCAACAUGCUACCCAAUUCGCAGAAACGCGCAGCGGACUCAACUUGGAACUCGUACAGUCCGGCCAAGGUACCGCGUCUUUCUCGAUCAACUAGGUGCGAUGGCAGAGCUGCGCCGUACGGAAACAACGCGUCUCCGCCAGCUCCGAAACUAUAUAGCUCGCCAUACCAGGACAGCACGCCCAUACCAGCUCCAACGCAGUCGUAUAGCUCGUCGUCCCGAAACAAUGCAUCUCUGCCAGCUCCAAGACAGCCCUAUAGCUCGCCGUACCAAAACCAUGCGCCAAAGCCAGCCAGACCGGAACAGCAGCUAUUCGAAGGAUUUAAGCCUACAGUUCGACAUCCCCCGCACCCCGACAGCCGACUAUGUCAGGACUUCUAUUGGGUGCCAUAUCCCUUGGGAUUGAUGCCGCACGACUCUUGGGAAAGUUUGCACAAUUAUGGGAAGAUUCCAACGCCUCCUGCGCCCAACCGGUGCCCAGUCUGUCGCAACCCCGCAAGGUGACGCCGCACAUGCGCAAGCUGUUCCUGGUGGCGGAGCGGUUGACCUGGGACUAUGCCGUGGUUUCGUCGCGUGAAAGGGAGCAGAACGAGCAACUUACCUGGGAGGUCAAUUACGAGCUGGGAAUUCUGGAGCCCUUUGUUGAGGACGCCGAACAAGUCCCAGGCGGGAAGAAGAGCAGGUUGAAUAAGUGGUAUCCGUAUCAGAAUCAGCACGAGAUGAAGCUGGCUAUGAGCUUGAUUUCUAUGGACGCGGGGUUAACGGAGGUGUCUUGGUCACUGUGGUACGGCCUCCAGAUGAACAUACAGAGGGUCCUUGGGCACGAAGAGGAUGUUUCGAACCGCAACAAUAGUGCGCCACGAGAUUACGCUGUCAGUGAGGAACGAUCUGGAUUGAAUACAGGCAUGGACACGCGCUCUGACGGGGUUUUCGAAUUCGAUGUCACGCGGUCACCUGACGACGCGCUGUUUGAUACAUCCACUAUCGUUCCGGAUGUCGGUAUACCGACGCCGCCUUCCUCGUCCUCUAACCCGUCCAAAGAGACCACGAGGCCUGCCACGGACGCCAUGUCCUCUUCGAAAAGCAUCCAUCCAGCCCUCGCGACCAGGAUCGCAGCUGGGCCUACAGUGGAAAGGCAAGUGCCGUGCUCGAACGACGACAAACGAAUCAUAAGCUACAAGACGCUGCAGGACUUCUACUCUCUGCUGGAACAGAUCGAGCGGACGUCGUAUCUGGGUGCACUGUUCCUGGAGGCGUAUGCGGAGCAUCUGCGUGACGAUGCGUGCCGGGACUGCUGGCUGAAACAUAACAUCGUAGGGGAGGCAAAGUGACUCUGUCAUACCUUCCCUGUUCUCACUGUUUCUUUUACUUAUAUGAUACCCUGUCUUGUCGUCUUUGCAUAGUAUGUAGCAUGUAG